GUUCACCGAAAUUUUAUAACGCGUCACAUAAAAUUCCAUCAUGUCGACUCUAAAAGCUAUUGGAACCGUAGGGAUUAUGAUUGCAUGUUUUGCAAUCAUUUAUCCACGAUUUAUGCAUCCUCUUGUACUACGAGCUCUAGGAAUGAGUGAACCUGCCCAGAAAAUGGAAGAUGACAGUAUGUUUCCACCUCACUACAAAAACAAGCCAGCAGAUGGGAAAGCCCAGACUCAAGGAGAUGACAUACGGAAGCACCUACGGCCAGGUCCACACCCUGGUAUGCGUGCGGCAGCUGAGAUGCAGAGGCAGCAAGCCCAACAAGGAUCUGGCCGAGGCAUGAUGGGUGUGGUUCUUCCCAUGUAUGCAAUUGGUAUAGUGCUCUACCUGGUUUACACUUUAUUCAAAGUAUUCAACAAGUCAAAAAACAAUUCCUGGAGCAAGAUCGGUGGACAGUAUGAAGAUUAUUCAGUUGACCGAAUGGGUUUCCCUGCUGACUUUGAUGGUAGUGCUGAUGUUCAUGGCUACUUGCAAGAUCAACAUCAUAGAAAGGAGUUUGAAGAUCUUUUAAGCCGUGUUGAGGAUAAAAAUGUUUCUACUGAAGAAAUGAGAGCUUUACAAAAACGUCUUGAGGAAACAGAAGCCCAAAUGACACGUAUACUUCAAGCUAUGCAGUCAGUUCAGAACAAUGUCAACAGGAUGGCAACAGAUAGUCCCACUGAAAAGGCUGACGGGAAAGAUAUUCCAGAGCAAGCUGUCAGCCAUGAAGAGGUUUUAGAGGACAUGAAGGCUAAAGAAACUUCAGAAGCAGUUCAAGGAGCUGAGGGUUCAGUCAGAGAAGAAGUGGAAGAAACAAGAGAUGUGGACUUGGAUGCUAUUGACAGUGAUGAGGAUAAGUCUGAGAAAGAAGGGGAUGUAGAUGAACAAAAUCUGCCAAGUGAUAAGAACAUACAUGAUGAGAGUGACUCUCAUGUGAGGCAAAGAAGAUUAAAAACUAAAAAUGAGCAGUAAAAAUUAUUUUAAUGAUGGCACUGGAAAAAAUCAUUUUACAGUAGUUAUGGCCAUAUUUGUUAGAGUGAUUUUAUUUUAUUUAUUUAUAGAAUGGACAUUAUCAAAUUUUAUUUGCUGAUUUGUAUAGAUUUGUGAUAUUACUUUAACAUUUUUUACAUAUGAAAAAGUUGUCUUUUGUUGGACAUCUUGACAUCUCUUUUUUUUUUUUCUUUUAACAGAAGAAACUACAACUGUUUCUUCCUUUUGUGUCAGUUCAGAAUUAUGAUAUCAAGUUAACGUUUAAUUUCAAAUAAUCUUUAUUUUAAGAAUAUCAUGGCUUUAGUUUACUUUUUCAUCUAAGUAAGAUUUUUAGCAACUUCAUCUGUAAUCCUCCAUGUGCCAAGUUGUAUUAUCACUUCAAGCGCCAUGAUGUCUUUAAAUCUCAAUGUAUUUUGGGUUCUUGUUUAUAUGCAAUGUUUGGCAUCGUAUAUGUCCUACAUUUUGUGUUUGGUAGAAGUUGAUGAGCAUCAGUGUACAUUACACUUCAUUGUCUGACUGCAUGAUAUCUUAUCUCCCUUUGAAUGAAUUCUUUUAUCCUUUCCUUUUGAUCUUUUGGUUUUUCACACAGUUUCCCAUUGGCAAUAAUGUUUAUUCAGAGCUAAGAAAACCAUAUUUCAAUACUUUGUCCAAGCUUUAUUAUUGUAAUGCAACAUAAUCUACAGAAUACUAACCAGCACUCAUAUGCUCAAGAUAUGUGUAUUAAUGUUUAACAUUUAUUCCAAGAUAGUAGAAGUCUAGUUUAAAGUGUACCCUUGAGUUUUUCUACACAUAUGUUUACUUGGAUAGAUAUUUGUAUUGUAUUUUCUUCUCUGAAUAAUGUGGGGAUUUCUUUUGCCUUUAUUUUCCCCUACAAAACAGAAUUAUGAAACAGCAUGAUCCAUAAAAUGAAAUCUAUCCAGAGAUCAGAUGAAAUCUUGUCUUAACUUAUUAUUUUUUUUUUUAUUUGCAUCAAGUAUCUUUGACUAAAGACUAAAGCUCCACAUUGGGGUCUAGUAAGUCCAGGACAGAUGGUCACCCAAUUUCUUGUGCUGUUAGCCUCAGCAUAUAGUAAGCUUAUUUUCCCCAACCUUACUGGACAUAUUGUUAAGUGUAAAAAAAAAACAAAAAACACUUCAUCAUCACUAAAAAAAUCGACAUGUUUGCUUAACCAUUAAUUUCAACAGACCUUAUAGAGAUGUAUAAGGCCCUUCUGUUAUGGUCACUGUGUACAACAAUAUGUGUGUCACCCCUUACUUCAUAUUUCAAAUAUGUGCAAUAUUUCCAUCAAUUCUGAUAUCAAUAUUAUGAUUGUAAGUGUCUGCAUUUUAGACAAAUAUUGUAUUUCAGGAAUCUCAACAUAUUAUUUAAUCUUUGAUAUUUUUUUUCAUAUCUUUUUAAAUUUUUAUAAAAUGAAAUAUUAAAAGAUAUAUGUAUCUUGUUUUAAGAUGUAUAAAUUAUUUGAAUGAAUAAUUAUUUUUGUUGCUUAGGAUUCCUUGAGAAUUCAUUGCAUAGGUCACAAAUGUUUACAGUGUGCAUUUCAGUGAUGGAACUAAACAUUAUAUGUAUUUUAGGUACACAUCUUAAGUUUUACUUAUAAGUUAAAAAUUAAUAUGCAUCUAAUUAUUAAAUAGUUUUAAUUAAUAUGAUGUAUCUAUCCUGAUCAUAUGAUGUUUCAAGUUACAGGUAUUUGUUUGUUUUUUAAAAGAAUUAUCAUACUUUUUUUUUCACAUUUUUAAAUAUUACAUUGGGAUUUUUUAGUGAGUUUUUUACAUUAAUUACUUAGACUAGAGAUUUUCUAAGUAUAAUUUACUUACACAGUUUUUUUUUCCUAUUCAAAAUCACAUACCUUGAUUGACUUUCUUUACCUAUCAGUGUCCUCUCUAAAUAUCUGCAAAUAUUGCUACAAAUAACUUGAUACCAGCAAUCUCUUAAACAGAUAAAUUGUGUCCCAUCAUUGGUCUCUUGUGAAGAUAAUUUCUCUUUUUAGUAUUAAUCACCAUGGCCAUGCAGAGCUUACAUUUUUUUUUACUGUGUAAGCCAUACGAUCAAAGCACAACAUGAAUUAUCCAAAGUUCACUUUGUUCAGUUGAGUAGAAUGUAUCUUCAGAAGACAUCCAAAGUUCACUUUGUUCAGUUGAGUAGAAUGUAUCUUCAGAAUACACUGUCAUCUCUGUCAGUGGGAGUCAUCCUCAAGUUGUUUGUAAGCUUAGCAUCAUAUAUCAAAAUAAAAUAAGCAGGCACAUUUUUCUUUAAUUCUAAUGUGGUUCAUAAAUUAUGAAAGCCUAUUUAUAAUGUAUUUAUGUGCACAAUAUAUAGUGUUAUCAAAAGAAAUGGGGUUAUCAAUUGAUUCUUUCUUGAUAUUGGUUUAAGUAGGUAACAAAUGUUAACACAUUGCUAGAUGGAUAAGACUAUUAUAAAACCAGAGCUAGUAACUUUUUUAAAACUAUAAAAUGUCAAUUCUACAGUUUAUAUUUGAAUAAUAAACAGGAAUACAAA